AGGACCCACUCAUGCCAUAGGGACAGAAACGGAGCUUAGGUAAGUAUUCAAAAAUAUAUUUUCAGGUUCUGGAUACACGUGACAUAUUACGUUAUAUAUGUGACCUGAAGACAUCCAACGUGACAAGUUGACUUUAUUUGUGACAUAUGGACUUUAUUUGUGAUACUUAGGUCUUAUAUGUGACUUUACUGGUAAGUAUCACACGUGACUUACUUGUGACCUUAUCUUUCAACCUGCAGUGUUCCUAAUGUUAGCACACAGUCAUCAGAGCAUAUCGAGGAACCUUAUGAGAGGAUCACAAUCGAGGAAUCAGAGAGGAUCCCAAACGACAACCCUCAAGGAGAGCAUGUGUGGAUGAUGAACGAUGUAGUAAGUGACUCGUCACGGAUCCCAGCAUGGUGGCACGAGGCAAUUACUGGAAAAGGGCAGCAAUUUGAAAGUGCAAAAGAAGUUAGAAUGGCUCUUAUAUACUACUCUAUAGCUAAGAAGUUUGCUUUUAAUUAUGUUAACAAUGAGCCAAAACGUAUUCGUGCUAGUUGCAUGUUCAGAAAAGAAACAAAAUGCCCGUGGUUGCUUUUCGCUUCACCAUUGAGGAAUGUGUCAACCUUUGCUAUAAAAAAAUUUGUUCCUCAACAUACAUGCGGACAACAUAACAGCACAGCUGGUCACUUCAGAGCAUCAAGAAGGUGGAUUGCGAGUAUGCUACAAUCAGUUAUGAAGAGGCGUCCAUAUAUUACCCCAACUGACAUUAGAAAGGAAUUGCACUCUCAAUAUGGAUUAAGAGUUAAUUAUUCUAAAGCUUGGCGUGCUAAGGAGACGGCAAAAGACCAAAUAUUUGGUUGCGCAAGGCAUUCAUAUGAUUUACUAUCCUGGUACCAAAUGAAGGUGAUGGAAACAAACCCAGGAAGUGUCUUCACCAUUGAACAAGAAGACACGAGAUUCAAACGUUUAUUUGUGUCGUAUGGUGCAUGCAUACAGGGGUUUCUCAAGGGAUGUAGGCCAUUGCUCUUUCUAGAUGGGACUUUUCUGAAGGAUCGCUACAAAGGGAUCCUAUUAGGUGCGACUGCUUAUGAUGGUAAUCAAGGCAUAUUUCCACUCGCAUUUUGCGUUUGUGACCAAGAAAAUGAAGCAAAUUGGAGUUGGUUUAUUCAAGGAUUGCGGUAUAUUUUGUACAAUCGAACAGAACCGUACAAUCCACCCCAUCCUCUAGUGAUUUUGUCAGAUGCCGACAAAGGAAUUAAACAAUCUUUGAAAGAUAUAUUUCCAGAUGCGUACCACUCUAGAUGUGUACUUCAUCUCGUUGAGAAUUAUAAAUUAAAGCUUAGAGAGAUGGGUUUUGCCUCAAGUGCGGCUCAACGUAUUUCAAAAUUAUUGGAGUUUGCUGCAUACAAGUACACAGAAAGAGAAUUUAAAGCUGUUUUACAUCAGAUUAGGAUGACAGAUCAAAGAGCUUACCAAGUAGCUCUAAGUUAUGGUCCUAGUAAUUGGGCCAAUUCUGUAUUUCCUGGUAUAAGGUACGUCAAUUAUCAUUACCUUUACUGGUUAUAUUAUGCUGUUAUAUGA